AUGAGCAAGCCACAUGAUAAGCCAAGAAAUGAGCAAAUCAUGGAUGGGAAACAUGUUCAUCCUUUUGUGGAGGAAAGCGGAACUGGGCCACUUUCCAGACAAGAACUUAAAGAUGCUUACGCAGUACCUCUUCCACCAGAUGAUGAAUAUGAAGAAGCUCCUCUGGAACAAAACAAGAUGGCAUCAGAGGAAGCAAUGAACAAGUCUCCAUCUGAGGGAAAGUCUCAGAAGGGGCAGAAAAAGUUAGAGAAAUUGUAUUACCAAGUAGAGGAUGAGACAGAAGAACACACCUUGUACAAACAAUACGAGCAAAAGAUCCGCCCCUGCAUUGAUCUCAUCGACAGUCUGAGGGCUCUUGGAAUAGAAAAAGACAUAGCUUUGCCUGUGAUCGCAGUGAUUGGAGACCAGAGCUCUGGAAAAAGCUCUGUCCUGGAAGCCUUGUCUGGUAUUGCUCUUCCUAGAGGAAAUGGUAUUGUUACUAGAUGCCCCUUGGAACUUAAACUCAAAAAAGCACCUGAUACACAGAAGUGGAAAGGGAAAAUUAGUUACCGUCGUGUCCGGGAAGAGCUUGAGAACCCCUCAGAGGUGGAGAAAGCAAUAAGAAGAGCCCAGGAUGUUGUGGCUGGUACUAAAGGUGCCAUCAGUAGAGAACUAAUAUCCCUAGAAGUCUGGUCCUCAACUGUCCCAGACCUGACACUAAUUGAUCUUCCUGGAAUUGCCAGAGUGGCUGUAGGAGAUCAGCCAAAAGACAUUGGUGACCAGAUCAAAAACCUACUGAAAAAUAYUAUCAGCAGCAAAGAGACACUCAUUUUGGUAGUGGUGCCGUGUAAUGUGGAUAUUGCAACAACAGAAGCACUGAAAAUGGCUCACAUGGUGGACCCCGAGGGAGAAAGGACACUCGGAAUCCUCACAAAACCUGAUUUGGUGGACAAAGGAACUGAGGAGUCUAUUGUUAACAUAGUACGAAAUCGGACCAUCCCCCUCAAAAAAGGUUACAUGAUCGUGAAGUGUCGUGGGCAACAGGACAUCCACAACAAUCUGACCUUAGCCUCUGCAAUCCAGCAGGAGAAAGAUUUCUUUGAGAAGCAUAAACAUUUUAGCACUCUUCUGAGUGAAGAAAAGGCCACUAUCCCUCUUCUGGCAAAGAAGCUCACAAAAGAACUUGUGGAACAUAUUACUAAAAUUUUGCCUGCGCUAGAGAGCCAAAUAUGCACGGAACGCAAAAAAAGCUUGCAAGUACUCCGCACCUACAAGCGAAGCAUGCUCACAAAAGAGUCCGAUAAGCUGCUUUUGCUCACAGAGCUUAUCAAACAGUUUAAUGAAGACAUUGCUAACUCAAUAAAAGGAGAGGAACAUAUAUCUGAAAAUGAAACCAGGUUGUUUACAAAAAUCCGCAAAGAGUUUCAAACUUGGGAAGUAGUUCUCCAUAAUACUAGUAUGAAGGUUACAGAUACUGUACCUGAAAAGGUAAGGAAAUAUGAAUCCCAGUAUCGUGGACGGGAGCUCCCAGGCUUUACCAGUUAUAGGACUUUUGAAGAUAUUAUAAAAGAGCAAGUCACGCAACUGGAGGUGCCAGCUAUUGAGAUGAUGAACACUGUGGUUGGCCUGGUUGAAGAGUCUUUUCUGAGACUCACUAAAAAGCAUUUUGCUGAUUUUCACAAUCUAUAUAGAGCUGUCAAGGCCAGCAUAGAAGACAUUAAGGAGCAACAAGCAGAAGAGGCUGAAAGAAACAUCCAGAACCAGUUUAAAAUGGAGAAUAUAAUAUACUGCCAGGACUACAGCUACACUCCUUAUUUAAAUGCCAUUCAGGGGGGAAAAAGCAACGCCCAGGAGAAACCACAGCCUUUGGCUCAAGGCUUUGUAUCUGUUUCAAAGCAAGAUUCCCCCAACAUCGAGGGAAUGAUUUCUCACACACAAGUGUAUUUCAGCACAGCAAAGACUCGCCUCUCCAAUCAGAUUCCUUUGAUAAUUCUGUUUUCUGCCCUCCAAAACUUUGGAGAUAACUUACAGACCAAAAUGCUACAACUUUUGCAAGGAAAAGAAAACAUAAAUUUUUUACUUCACGAAGACAGUGAAGUUGCUAAAUAUAGGAAUUCACUCACUCAGCGAGUUAAUUGUCUCACCCARGCCUGCCAGUAUCUAAGAAACUUUGCCAAUCUGCAGCUUCAUUGAAUUUUGAAGUGUUUUUCAACUAUUUCUAGUGUUAUUAAUGAGCUGUGUAUAAUUUGCUAAAAUAUUAAGGUAGUCAUUGACCUUCAACAUUUACUUUUAGAAUUCUCAAAAUUGAUCCUUCUACUAUAUUUCUCACAGUAUAUACACGGAAACAUUUGCCUGUAUACGAAAUUAAUCACAUUAUCAUAUUUUAAGCA